AUGAAUGAAGGUGCUGAGUGCAGGCUGAGACAUUCUUCUCCGCCUUACCCUUUCUCCAGUCUAACUCCUGCCUUUGUGCGGUGUCCCCAUCCUGUCCCCCAUCUUAUCGACGACCCGGAUCAACGGCGAUGAUGACAGAGUGUACCAGCCUUCAGUUUGUCAGCCCUUUUGCUUUUGAGGCAAUGCAGAAGGUAGAUGUUGUUCGCCUGGCAUCUUUAAGUGAUCCAGAAUUAAGACUUCUCCUGCCCUGCUUGCCUAAACCCAUUAGGCAUAAACUUGGAGGAGGCAGUGGAGAGAGCAUCCUGGUAUCACAGCUUCAGCAUGGACUAACAUUAGAAUUUGAACACAGUGAUUCACCUCGUCGAUUGCGUCUUGUGCUUAGUGAACUGUUGGCAAUUAUGAACAAGGUAUCAGAGUCCAAUGGAGAAUUUUUUUUCAAGUCUUCUGAGCUCUUUGAGAGUCCAGUGUAUUUGGAGGAAGCUGCAGAUGUACUUUGUAUUUUACAAGCAGAGCUGCCUUCCCUGCUUCCUAUAGUUGAUGUAGCUGAAGCCUUACUACAUGUUAGAAAUGGUGCUUGGUUCUUGUGUCUCUUGGUGGCCAAUGUUCCUGAUAGUUUUAAUGAAGUUUGUAGGGGUCUGAUCAAAAAUGGAGAACGACAAGAUGAAGAAAGUCUUGGAGGAAGGCGCAGGACAGAUGCCUUACGUUUCUUAUGUAAAAUGAAUCCUUCUCAGGCUCUCAAAGUCCGAGGCAUGGUGGUGGAAGAAUGUCACUUGCCAGGCCUUGGAGUAGCUCUGACAUUGGAUCAUACUAAAAAUGAAGCUUGUGAGGAUGGAGUAAGUGACUUGGUUUGUUUUGUUAGUGGUUUGCUUCUUGGAACAAACGCCAAAGUCCGGACUUGGUUUGGAACUUUUAUCCGAAAUGGACAGCAGAGAAAAAGAGAGACCAGCAGUUCUGUCCUUUGGCAGAUGAGAAGGCAGCUUCUUCUGGAGUUGAUGGGUAUUCUUCCCACAGUAAGAAGUACCCGCAUUGUGGAAGAAGCUGAUGUGGAGAUGGAGCCCAAUGUGUCUGUGUAUUCAGGGCUGAAAGAAGAGCAUGUGGUGAAAGCCAGUGCACUCUUACGUUUGUACUGUGCUUUGAUGGGGAUCGCCGGACUCAAGCCAACUGAAGAAGAAGCUGAACAGUUAUUGCAGUUGAUGACAAGCCGUCCUCCUGCUACACCAGCUGGUGUUCGCUUUGUUUCCCUUUCAUUUUGUAUGCUGCUGGCCUUUUCUACACUUGUCAGUACACCUGAACAGGAGCAGCUAAUGGUGGUGUGGUUAAGUUGGAUGAUUAAGGAAGAAGCUUACUUUGAGAGUACUUCAGGUGUCUCUGCUUCCUUUGGGGAGAUGUUGUUAUUGGUGGCUAUGUACUUUCACAGCAACCAACUUAGUGCUAUCAUUGACUUAGUCUGUUCCACUUUGGGGAUGAAGAUUGUUAUAAAGCCAAGCUCCUUGAGCAGAAUGAAGACUAUCUUCACACAGGAAAUUUUUACUGAGCAGGUUGUCACAGCUCAUGCAGUUCGGGUCCCUGUCACCAGCAACCUGAGUGCCAACAUUACUGGCUUUUUGCCUAUUCACUGUAUUUACCAGCUUCUCAGGAGUCGUUCCUUUACCAAGCACAAAGUGUCAAUAAAAGAUUGGAUUUACAGACAGCUGUGUGAAACUUCUACACCACUCCAUCCUCAGUUGCUUCCUCUGAUUGAUGUGUACAUAAAUUCUAUACUUACUCCUGCAUCGAAGUCUAAUCCAGAAGCCACAAAUCAGCCAGUCACAGAACAGGAGAUACUCAGUAUUUUCCAAGAAGUCAUUGGGGGUGACAGCAUCCGCCUUAAUCAGCGUUUCAGUAUCACAGCGCAGCUUUUGGUGCUUUACUAUAUACUGUCUUAUGAGGAAGCUCUUCUAGCAAACACAAAGACUUUAGCUGCCAUGCAAAGGAAACCCAAGUCAUAUUCUUCUUCUUUAAUGGAUCAGAUCCCUAUCAAAUUCCUGAUUCGACAGGCUCAAGGGCUGCAGCAGGAAUUGGGAGGGUUGCAUUCAGCAUUACUACGUCUCCUUGCAACUAAUUACCCACAUUUAUGUAUUGUGGAUGAUUGGAUCUGUGAAGAAGAAAUCACAGGGACUGAUGCCCUGUUAAGGCGAAUGCUCCUGACUAAUAAUGCCAAAAACCACUCUCCUAAACAACUCCAAGAAGCGUUUUCAGCUGUCUCAGUAAGUCACACACAAGUGAUGCAGAUUAUAGAACACUUGACUCUCCUCUCUGCCAGUGAACUUAUACCAUAUGCGGAAGUAUUGACAUCCAAUAUGAGCCAGCUGUUGAAUUCAGGGGUUCCACGGAGAAUUCUUCAAACAGUCAAUAAAUUAUGGAUGGUUCUUAACACUGUGAUGCCUAGAAGGCUGUGGGUAAUGACAGUUAAUUCACUUCAGCCUUCCAUAAAGUUUGUACGACAGCAAAAGUAUACUCAGAAUGACCUGAUGAUCGAUCCUCUCAUUGUGCUAAGGUGUGAUCCCAGGGUUCACAGAUGCCCCCCACUGAUGGACAUUACUCUACACAUGUUGAAUGGAUAUCUUCUAGCAUCUAAAGCAUACCUUAGUGCUCAUCUGAAGGAAACAGCAGAGCAGGAUCGGUCUCCACAGAAUAAUACAGUAGGUUUAGUUGGACAAACUGAUGCACCAGAAGUUACUAGAGAAGAAUUGAAAAAUGCAUUGCUGGCUGCUCAGGAUAGUGCAGCUGUCCAGAUACUCUUAGAGAUUUGUUUACCUACUGAAGAGGAGAAAGCAAAAGGUAUCAAUCCAGACAGCUUGCUAAGGAAUGUUCAAAGUAUUAUUACCACUGGCACUCCAAAUAUGGAAGUGGAGGACGGAGAAGACAAUCUGCUCUGUAACCUUCGAGAAGUUCAGUGCCUUGUCUGUUGUCUCUUGCACCAAAUGUACAUUGCAGAUCCCAAUAUUGCUAAACUUGUUCACUUUCAGGGUUAUCCAUGUGAACUCUUGCCUCUGACAGUUGCAGGUAUUCCAUCUAUGCACAUCUGCCUCGAUUUCAUACCUGAACUUAUUGCACAGCCAGAACUUGAAAAGCAGAUAUUUGCUAUCCAGUUGCUUUCACACUUGUGUAUCCAGUAUGCAUUACCAAAGUCACUUAGUGUGGCUCGCUUGGCUGUCAAUGUCAUGGGAACUUUGCUGACAGUUUUAACACAAGCUAAGCGGUAUGCUUUUUUCAUGCCAACUCUUCCAAGUUUAGUCUCUUUUUGUCGAGCAUUUCCUCCACUGUAUGAAGAUAUUAUGUCUUUGCUGAUUCAAAUAGGGCAAGUUUGUGCCUCAGAUGUUGCCACUCAGACAAGAGACAUUGACCCAAUUAUUACACGCCUUCAACAAAUAAAGGAGAAACCAAGUGGAUGGUCUCGAAUCUGUAAAGAUUCAUCUCAUAAAAAUGGCUCCAGAGACACUGGAAGCAUGGAUCCUGAUGUACAGCUUUGUCACUGUAUUGAAAGCACAAUAAUUGAAAUAAUAAAUAUGAGUGUCAGUGGAAUUUAAAAAAGAAUUAAAAAAACAAAAAAAUUAAGCUGUUUCCUACAUAUACCCAACAAGAAUCUGCAUCUUGUAACAACUAAACUGAAUGGGAGUAGUAAUAUUUUUGAAUUGCUGAAAUGAUUCAAUUCAACAUGAAUACAGUUUUGAUCUCUGAGGAUUAUGCUUGCUUGCAUUUGAUUGGCAUGUCUUUGGCAUGUAGAUAUCUACAGAAGUAUCUACUUUGCUGGUAUAUCAAUAUUGUAGCAGCCAAGGUUCCCCCCCCCCAUUGGGAGCAUAUUUAGAAAACUUGUAAGUGGAAAAGUAAUUUGGCCUUGUACUGAGCUCUUGAAAUGUAGAAAGAUUGCCAGCCUUUAAUUCCUUACAAAAAUGAGGGCAUGGAUAGCCCUAGUGUAAAACUGAGCAUUUUAGCAGUUUUUAACAAAGAUGGAAUAGUUGGAGGGAAAAAAGGGGAUCAAAGGAAGGGAGAAUUCUGGAAAAAUUAGUUGUUAG